CGAUCGGUCAGGCUUGUCAAUCUACCUGAAAAGACAACUUACGGCGAUAUUGCCGGCCUUAUUAGAGGUGGAUCGGUGUACGAGUUCUACAUCACCAAUGGCGCGGCCACAGCGACCAUUACCUUUGUAGAGGUCGCCUCCGCCGAGGCAUACUUUGCACACGUCCGCAACAAUGGCUUAUUCCUCAAGAACAAGAGAAUCGGUAUUCGUUGGUUACAGCGCUUCCAGAGCCUCCCCGGCCACCACAUCCACCGAAUCGCCCAAGGCGCAACUCGCAACAUUGUCCUCCGCAGAUGCGGCCCCAGCCACACAGAAGCCUCUCUCCGCGAGGACCUCGAGCACAUUCACAAUCUCCAGGUUGUCAAAAUCGAGUUUCGAGGCUGGGAUUGCCACAUUGGCACAAACUCCGUUGCGAGUGCCAUGUACGCUCGAACCUGCAUGACAAGCCGACUAAAAUACAGAACCAGCCGUAUCGAAUGGGAUGUCGACGAGUGUGCCCAGCCUUUGAGCGAGAUGCCCAGCCCGCCUCACCAAUGUGCCCCGAGAUCCGCCCCUCCACGCCAACUGAGGAUCACGACGCCCAAUCGCUUCCAAGUUCUCGCUUCCAAG